UCAUAGAUACACUACUCAUGACAGAUAAAACCGGGUUUUACAGGGUUGGUUUUUUUUAGUUCUCGCUUUCGAUUUCUGGAGGAAACCUGCAGGAGCCAAUUGUCACGUCGAAACUUUGGAGUUAAUUGGUGAAAAAUGCCGGAGGAGGAAGAACGGGAGAAGUUAGCCAAAGUCAUCAGACAGUGGAACAACAACAGACUGGACCUGUUUGAGAUAAGCCAACCUGAUGAUGACCUGGAUUUUCACGGCGUGAUGCGCUUCUACUACGAGGACCAUGUCGAGGGAAAUGUGGCGACUAAGUGCCUACGUGUUUGCAGCAACUCUUCAACGCAUGAGAUCAUUGAAACUCUCUCAGAGAAAUUCCGGCCUGAUAUGAAAAUGCUGACAGAGAGUUAUUCCCUGUAUGAAAUCCACGAUAAGAAGGAACGCAAACUGGACCAGGACGAGAGACCUUUGAUCGUUCAACUGAACUGGAACUCAGACAACAGGGAAGGUCGUUUCGUGCUCAAGAAAGACCAGGAGAGUUGUCAGGAAAAUUGUCCCGAGAAGGAGAAAGGAAGCGUGAUCCAAAACUUCAAGAGGACACUGUCGAGAAAAGACAAGAAGACUGAUAAGAGCAAAACUAAAGCUGCUGACGAUGGUUCAAGUGAAAAGCCACAGAACAACAGCAUUUAUGUGUCGAACCAUGAGACGAAACAUGGCACUGAAGACAAAAAGCCACAGAGGCAGGCUGCUGCAGAUCAGUCUGGGUUACCAUUGGGGAUCAGAGUCAGUGACACCUCUGAAGAAGCCUUCCUCUCUGCAGUCAUAAAUGACACCAACAGCUCCACAGUUCAUUUCAAGCUGUCACCUGCAUACAUCCUCUAUGCCACCGGACGCUUUGCUCUGCAGCACCAUCGCAGCCACGGCUCUCCACUCUCGGGACGAACCCGCGGCGUAACCUUGAUCGCUAACAAAAUGGUGGCCAUGACAAGGAAGGUCAUCCAGAAGCAGCAGACCAUCGCUGGGGCUCUCGCCUUCUGGAUGGCCAACUCCUCUGAGCUGCUGAAUUUCUUCAAGCAUGACAAAGACCUCAGCCUGCUCACACAGCAGAGUCAGCUUGAUCUCUCCCACCUGGUGCACAGAACUUACAGUUGCCUGCUACAGUGUCUCCACAAUGAGCUAACAAAGCAUUUGCCAACUUUUUUGAUCGAUCCUGAGCAACAUGGCAACCUACCGGCCAGAAUUGAAAUGGUGUUAAACACCUUAAUGAACGCCAUGUCUCUGCUGCGCCGCUGUCGGGUCAGCCCUGCUCUCACCAUUCAGCUCUUCUCCCAGCUCUUCCAUUUCAUCAGCGCCUGGCUGUUCAACCAGCUGAUAAGCCCGGAGGCCAGCGCUCGAGGCCUGCGCUCCCACUACUGGGGAGCAGCUCUUCGCCAGAGGCUUACCGCCAUUGAAGCCUGGGCGGAGAGGCAAGGCCUGGAGCUGGCUGCUGACUGUCACCUCGGACACCUGAUCCAGGCAACCACACUCCUGACCAUGAAUAAGUACUCAAUGCAAGACGCUAAGGACAUCCAGACUACCUGCUUCAAGUUGAAUUCUGUGCAGCUGCAAAUGUUGCUGGCUGGAUACCUCCAUGCAAACACAGAGCCACAAAUCCCCUCUGAUUUGAUUGAUGCUAUUGUGACAGCCGCCGAGGCCUCAGCAGACAGCCUGAUCCGGAGUGAAGGACGAAACAUUCAGUUGGAGGAGAGCCUCGACCUCCACCUGCCCUUCCUGCUGCCCGAGGGAGGAUACUCCUGUGACACCGUAAGAGGAAUCCCACAAGGGUUGAGGGAAUUUAUGGAGCCGAUUUGCCAAAAAGGUCUUUGCUCUUUAACAUCCCAACCGAACUCCAAAGGCGACUGGACCGUGUUUUUCAGGGAUUCAAAUCCUCUUGCAAAGAGCACGUACUUGGCAGUAAACAAAGAGCCCAAAAUUGUGCCCAUGACCCUGAAGAAACCUCUCAACAGUGGGAUGGGGGUCAGCAUCGUGGCUGCAAAGGGAUCACAGCGAGAGAACCUUGGGAUUUACAUCAAAUCUAUUGUCAAAGGAGGACCAGCGGAAAUGAAUGGUGGAUUAACAGCUGGAGACCAGCUGCUCAGUGUGGACGGUCAAAGCCUGGUCGGCCUCAGCCAAGAAAGGGCGGCAGCUAUCAUGUUGCAAACUGGCCCUGUUGUGACCUUACAGGUUGCAAAGUUUGCAGCUAAUUACCACGGCCUGGGGACUCUGCUGAGUGAACCAGCCCCAGACCGAAAUACAGGUAGAAAAAAAAAAAUGUCUUUCAUUUUUUAUGUCCUUCAUGACCUAAUUAAGGCCUUUCAUUGCUGUAUAAGUGCCUCUGAACAAAUCCACGGAAGAAGCAGAAGAAACAAAGAGCAGAUAAUGCAAAGAAACAGGCAGCUUUAUCGCUCCAACCCGAACAUGACCAGUGGGUACACUUGCACUGAUUCCAGAAUAACCCUUGGUUUCCUCCUUAUUUCAGCAGACCUGGACAGAGAUGAACCUGUUGUCUGUGAUGUGAGAGAGAACACGACCUCUGUGUCCAGCAUCAAUCUUUACAUAGAUACAUUUCAUAGGGACUACAUGACACUUCCAACCAAAAAUUCACAACACAAGGAAACAUCCGAAUCCAGUCGACCACUGCAACAUUUUGUGCCUUUAAAUGGAAGAAGCGCCGCUAAAAACAACUUUAUGCGCCAAGCACUGUCACAGGAGAACUUAUACAUGGAGAGUGGACGCCCCCUGCUGGACACAAGACAAAACAUGUGGGGGCAACAGGAUUGGACUGCAAAACAAACCAUGAGCCACUCGUCAUCAUUCCCGAUUCGCUCCAGCAUUUCGACUCAUGACAUCCUCUCUGAUGUCACGUCUCCUAAAACGCCGCAGCAGAGAAGUCGUCCAAGUGGCGCUGGUGUCUGGAGAACUCCCUUUCCCCAACAUUCGACACCUACGCCUUCCACUCAGCCCAUUCGUAUAGACAUCCCAAUAACCAGAGCAGUGAACGCACAGUCAAAGUCUCCACUCAUCACCUUCCAGAGUUCGUCAGUGCAGGCAGAGAAGAUGAGACAAACUCUAAUCGGACAUAAACAGGGUUCUCGGAACCACAUAUAUGCCAUUCCAAUCUCUGCAGCCAAGAAGCUGCCUCCACCCUCUCUUUCAUCACAGCAGCACAGACCCAGCAUCUUCAAGGGUCAAGCAGUAAAACCCCAAGUGAGCAUCACGCCAACCAAACACGUCUCCUUCCAAGAACCUCCCAUUCAACAGAAACAGGCCACCGGUCCCAAGACGCAAGAAGACCCACUGGAGCCGUGCGAUCCGUGGAAAAGGGAAACACAGGAGAAGCUGGAGAAGCAGCGCAGGCUUCAGGCAGUGGAGCUCCUGGAGCGGGAGGUGGAGGAGCUGCAGGCUAAAGUGAAACGCUCAGUGGAGGAGAACGAGAGACUCCGCAAACUGAGCCUGGAGUGGCAGUUUCAGAAGAGGCUACGGGAAAUUCAGCAGAGAGGAGAAGACGAAGAUGAGGAUGAAGAUGAAAGUCUAGGCAUGAUGGUGAUGAUACAGCAGCUGGGUACAAGAGCACAGAGCAAAGAAAACUCCGGAGGACACACCCACAAGUACAAAGAGGAGGGUCGGCCGACAGGAAAUCACGUCUCUCAAAAUGAAGACGAGGCGAACACAGGUCAACAGUCAAGUGGACAUACUGAAGACGUUCAUGACGUGAAAUCAAAAGAGAACCACGAGGAGAGAACCAAGAGCGCGACUGCUCCUGAAAAGCUCACGUUCAGGGAGCGUCAGCGUCUCUUUGCCCUGGCGUCCAGUGCGUAAAUGAAGAUUAAAGCCACAUAAAAAAAAAACAUUGGUCUGUAUGAAGAAAAGUAAUCAUGUGUU